UCAUAGACGCAUGUGUCGAAAUGACAUAAUGAGACAAAGCUGUAAAGACUAGGAGCAUCACAUUGUCACGUCUGUGGUACUGGAUUGAUUUAGUAAGGUUUGCAUACCUGGCAUCUACAGUGACGAUGGUGUGGACAGUGGGUCUCAGUAACCUGGUGUUAGUGGUCUAUGGAUUCACGCUGAUCAUAGGCCUUCCCGCCAACAUCUUGGCCUUUUACACUUUCUUCCAGAAGGUCCGCCAGCGCUCCACCCCGAUGGACGUGCUGUUACUCAGUUUAACCAUCUCCGACCUGAUCUUCCUCUUUUUCCUGCCUUUUCGAAUGGUGGAGGCGGCCAACAUGAAAUGGACAAUGCCGUACUUCCUCUGCCCGCUGUCGGGAUUCAUCUUCUACACUGUCAUCGCCAACAGCACCUUACAUCUGAUGGCCAUCAGUGUGGAGCGAUACCUGGGUGUAGCUUUCCCCAUUGAAUACAAGCUGAAACGCAAGCCUCGAAAUGCUGUGAUAGCCUGCGUCAUGUUCUGGGUUGUUUCCAUGGCACACUGCAGCGUCGUCUACGUCAUGCAAUACCACAACUAUUUGAACCCCAACAUCACCGAUCCAUCGAAGCGUAACACCUGUUACGAAGAAUUCACCACCGAAGAGCUCAAUAUCCUCCUGCCGGUUCGCCUCGAGCUUUCUAUCGUUUUCUUCUGCAUUCCUUUCCUAACCUGCUGCUUCUGCUACAUCAAGUGCAUCUGCAUACUUUCCCGUCUAUCCAAAGUUCACGCCAAGAAGCGGUAUAGAGCUAUCGGGAUGGCACUGGGAACGCUUCUGGUUUUUGUUAUCUGUUUCAUGCCCUUCAAUAUCUCACAUGUGGAGGGAUAUGUCCGCGGCUACAGUUCUACAUGGAGAACACAUGCUCUGCUCACCAGCACGCUGAAUGCAUGUCUCGACCCUUUCAUAUUCUACUUCUCUUCUUUAGCACUCAGACAGACUUUCAAGAAGGUGUUGCAGGAGCUGGUGGGGCGGCUGCUUCCUCCCUGCAUCCUCCCUGCUCUCUGCUGCCCUUUAUUCAACCGUGGGAAAUCAGAGGAGAGAACACAGAGCUCAGAUGACAGCAUCCGCUAACAUAUCAAGCCAGGUUUUGCAUUGAUUGAUGUGCUUUGCAUUGCCUGCAAAUGUAUCUUCAAUGCAUGUAAUUCUGUCCAAAGCCAAUUCAUGUAAUUCUAUUACGCCACCGUGACCCAAUGCUUUAUGGAUGGACAGAAGAGGAGCGGCUUAAAAAAUGGUUUUCACAAGAAAAUCAAGCAUUAACAUGCUGAUUGCACUAAUAUGUUACUUAAAUCUUUGCAGCAGCACAAUUUUAUUCACAAUGAAAUAAAGAGCUCAACCAAUAAACAAUCAAUUAAACAAAGAUAUUUAGUCUAGGGCUGUCAAUUUAAUAUGUUAAUUUAAUUAGUUAUGGAAAAAAAAUAAUGCAUCAUUAACACAUUUAACGCACCCACCCCGCCCCAGAACUACGUAGUUCAUCUUACAUUUCAUACAGUUGAUGAAUAUGAUGCAGGGCAACAACUCACUGCGUGAUGAAGCCUAUAGAAUGCAGUUAGAAUGACCCUAAAAAUCAAGAUAUCAGGGCAAAAAGGCCCCUGUAUGAAUUUUUGUCUCAGUUUUAUAUUUAUGAUAUAGUUAAACAAUUUCACACAAGUAACAAGCGCAAUAUCACACGAAAGCUGUUUUUGUCCUUAAUAGCACAAGCGCAAAUGUGAUAUUGAUUUUAUACAACAGUUCAAUAAAUAAGAAGUUAAGAUUUUUGUUACAUUUUAGACACGAUAUUGUCUGCCUUUGCUCAAUUUUGCCAAUGAAAAUAUUACCUUUAAAGCCAAAGCAGAACUGUUGGGCGUCUCCGAGCAACACACAGCGGUGUUUAGUUUCUGAAUGAAUCCCCAUUUUGAGCAAAUCAAUCAGGUAAAUCAAUGAUUCAAUGGCUCAUUCAUAAAGAGAGCCAUUUACUUAAUUCCUGAAUGAAUUAGCCGUUUGAAUUAAUCAAAAGAAUGAAUCACUCAAUGACUUACUCAUUUAGACAUUUACCGGUACCUACUGGAAGUUUUAGUUUCUUAUUUAGAGUAUCAUUUUAUUAAAAAAACCUUCAUAUUUCCAUAUUAAGAAAAAAUCCUUUAAAGGUAUAUUUCACACUUAAUAUACUCACCCUCAUGGCCGUUGAGACCUAAGUGAUGUGAGAUGUGGCCAAGUAUGGUGUCCCAUACUCAGAAUUUGUGCUUUGCAUUUCACCCAUCCAAGUACACACACACACACACACAGCAGUCAACACACACCCGGAGCAGUGGGCAGCUAUUUUUGCUGCGGUGCCUGGGGAGCGAUUGGGGGUUAGGUGCCUUGCUCAAGAGCACCUCAGUUUAGGGUAAUGAGAGUGGAAGAGAGUGCUGUUCAUUCACUCCCCCCCACCUACAUUUCCUGCUGGUACUGAGACUCAAACCCAUGACCUUCGGGUUACAAGUCUCUCUAACCAUUAGGCAACAACUGCCUAAAAAGUAUGUGUAACAAAUUCUAUGUUGGAUCAAAUAAAAUAUUUUUUUCUAAAGCUACCUUUUGUAAUGUCUAUUUCAUGCUUUUCUUAUUUAACACAAUAAUUACUUUAAAAAUCUCUUUUGGUGUGUGAUUAAUUUGAAUUAAUCGCCACAUCGUGUAAUGAAUUAGAUUAAAAUUUUUACUUGACAGCCCACUUAACAGCCCUAAUUUUGACAAAAAUAAUUUUUCAAUGAAAUAUGUGAUUAUGCUUCCGUUCUUUAUUCCUCCAUUCUGAAUCAUAUCACAUGAAUGCUGUUUCUUUUUUUUUCUAUGCAGCACUCAAAUAAUGAAUUGCUUGUUUUUAACUUGCCAUCUCUUUAGAUAGACCAACACAAACUUGUUCCACUGAUGUCACUUCCUGUCCCUGUUUGGAGAUAUACAGCGAGUGGAGGAACAAGUUUGAUUUUUAAUACUUUAUUUAUAUUUUUUUCUAUUUAUUUUAUCUCUUCUCUUUAUAAAGGCUAAUGAAUGUGAAUAUUUGGUGUCAAUGAAGCAGAUUUUGAACAGUUGCAUGAAGUUUUCUAACUUGGAUAUCAGAUUUAUCAGAUAUCACUUUGGUUAAUUUCCUAAUUUGAU